CUUAGAGGAUGUUCAGACGGUGGAAUGUUCGCACAGAACCAUUUAUGUGCAGACAUUGCACCAACAGCGGAGCGCCGGUAGAACAUGCUAGCACAAGGACCGCUUGAAAUGGUGCCCCCCCUCAUAGACGGCAAUGUAUUUCUGCACGGGCUCUGAAAUCUGGAAAUACCGUCGUGUGCACAGUGCAGCAGAAUCCCAUUGAAAUCAACAAUUCUGCAGCGGAAUUCUGCAUGGAAAUUCCAUUGUGUGAACAUAGCCUUAGAGGCUGGAACAAGGUUACAAAAAAAAAAACUGUACUGUCCUCGGAGCUUGCAAUUACUGAACUGUCCCUUCAAGUGCUGUGGUGAUCCGUAUGUCAUGCAUGUCAUUCUGCAGCUGAUCGCUGGCCAUGGUAACCUUUCUGAACUGUCUACAUCUCAAAAGAGUGGUGGGAACCUCCUUCAGAUGCUGUAUGACAAGCCAAAACGAUGGGCUUACACGUUUCAGACAUAUGCUUGCUUAAGCCGUGUGAGGGCUCAGCUGAAGCCAGUGUCUCCUAAGCUAAGGGAAGCAGAGCAUCCAGUACAGUUCUUUGAGCGUUCUGUGUACAGUGAUCGGUAUGUCUUUGCCUCAAGCUUAUUUGAAUCUGGGAGCAUCAAUGACACAGAGUGGGCCAUUUAUCAGGACUGGCAUACAUGGCUUUUGAACCAGUUCGAGAAUGAAAUUGAGCUGGAUGGAAUUAUCUAUCUUCGAGCAACGCCAGAGAAAUGUAUGAGUAGACUUCAUUCACGAGGCAGAGAGGAGGAACAGGGAAUUGAACUUGAAUACUUGGAAAGCCUGCAUUAUAAACAUGAAAAAUGGCUAUAUGACAGAACUACACAGUUGGACUUUGAAUCCCUCCGACAUACCCCAAUUCUAGUGUUGGAUGUCAAUGAUGAUUUCAAAAAUGACAAGAUCCAGCAAGAAGCAUUACUUGACAAAGUCAAAGACUUUCUUAUGGCCCUAUAACCACUACAGUUAAUUUUUAUUUCUUUUUAAACUUGACUUCUUACGGCUGGAACAUUGAUACAUUCCACCACUCUGCAUCAAAACCUUUCUUGAAUUUGUGUCUGUCUGUUUUUUUUACAACUUUAUGUUCAUACAGAAAUAUUUUACACUUUUUUUGCUUUUAGUAUUUGUAUAUAUCUGCAUGUAAAUAUGUGCUGGCUUAAAUUUAUAGACAUUGUCUGCAGCAGGAAGGUAAAAGGGGUUGUUUUAGAAGUAACCACUUGCUAGAAACUGCAUUGUAGCAUGUUGUAUAUGUAUGCUUAAGAAAGCUUAUAGAUUGAGAAGCUAUUUUACAAAAUAUAAAGGUGAACAAAUUAUCAUAUGCUGUUUUUCAGAGGUUGGCCUCAUGUUAAUAAUGUGUGGCUUGUAAAGCAUGUGUCUGUGCUUCAAAUCAUACAAGAUCUUCUAAGAAGGUGUAAUUUUAUUGCUGCAUUAAGACAAAAUUAAAGAUGGAAUAUGUAUGUUUUUAUUGUGGGUUGAAGACUGGAGAUUCUUUUCAAAUGU